AUGGGAACACGACUUCGGGCUGUUAAUAAGGAUAAAACAAAUAAAGGAAUCGGUGGAAAAGGACCAGGUAAACUUACUGAUAAAGUUAUUCAAGAAACAACGAAAUUCUACGGAUUAGCUAUUCGACGUCAUCCAGAUUCGCUUGAAGAUAUGAAAAAGGAAGUUUGGGCAACGUAUUAUCACAAAUGUUCUUCAGAUAAAAACCCUCAACACCACUUUUGUCCAGAAGGCAAAGACAGUAGUUGUAAAUGGCGUAAGGCAGAAGCUAAGAAUGAGCUCGACCAAUUUCAUCACGAUAAACCACAUCUAAUACCACAAGUACAAGUAGCUAUCAAACCAGUUUUCGAAGAUUUAUCGAAAGACGAAUUAUUAAUUCGUUGUUUAGGAUCAGAGACACAAAACAAUAACGAAUCUUUGAAUUCGUUAGAAGUAAUGUCGGUUAUGGGAUGCCCCAUUGGCCGCGAAGCCCUUAUGUAUGUUGAGAAACGUGAUGAAAAGCGAAUCUCACGUUCUGAGCGGCGCGUAAGUGAUGUCGUUAAACAAGCCAGUAUUGACUCAAGAGCUGAACAAUCUGCUUGA